AUGGCGACUCUCGAGCAGGAGCUUAUGGCCGACUUCGCCGACUCUGGCGACGAGGACUUGGCCGAUUUGGAGAAUGAUUUCGCUGGAGGCGCAUCACCACAGGCGGACGCGGAUGGAGACGAAGAAAUGGUUGACGAAGAGGCGCAAUAUGCUGCGGAGCACGGCAAGAAAGAGAAGAAGGGACCCGCAGACAUCCGAGGCGCCCAAACGCUCAUGAAGGAUCUCACCCCAGUACUCGAACAAAUCGACGUGGUCAAGGAUCAGACACCGGAGAUCUUGGACGGCGAGUCUAUCGAGGACACUCCCGAGUACCAGCUACUCAAGGAAGCCAAUGAGUUCUCAACACAGAUCGACGGAGAGAUCCAGGCUGUUCACAAGUUCAUUCGAGACCGUUACUCAGCAAGAUUUCCCUACCUUGAGGAACUCGUUAAGAAUCCGGUCGACUAUGCUGCUACUGUUGCCGUGCUUGGGAACCGGUCCCUGAAGGAGAUCAAAACAAUUGCGCAGAGCCCCGAUAACGUCGUCGGCAUCGCGCUUAACACUAUCCUGCCCGCCCCUACACUCAUGGUCAUAUCAGUCGAAGCCACUCGUGCAGAGGGCCGCGAUCUUGAUGAAAAUGAGCUCGAGAUCGUUGUUGAUGCAUGCAAACUUCUUCUUCAACUCAAUAAGACCAAGGACACUUUCCGGGACUUUGUCCAGUCACGCAUGACAAUUUUCGCGCCCAAUCUCACAGCACUUGUUGGUUCACUUACGGCAGCCCAGCUGAUCAACCAUGCUGGUGGCAUUCACGGAUUAGCCAAGACGCCUGCAUGCAAUAUUGCGCCGUUGGGCCAAAACAAGGCUUCUGGUCUUGGACUCGCAACCAACACAGGCGUGCGGAACCAGGGUUUCCUCUACCACAGUCCUCUUCUUCAAACCAUCAGACAGGACUUAAAGAAGCAAGCGAUGAGGAUCUUGAGUGGAAAGGUCAUUCUUGCAGCACGAGUCGACAGCGUGGGCCAGUCUCGAAAUGCCGAAACGGGCAACCAACUCAAGGACGAAUGCGAAAAGCGACUGGACAAGCUCACUGAGCCGCCCAAGAACAACGGUGUCCGAGCUCUACCAGCUCCGGACGACAAGCCCAGCCGCAAGCGUGGAGGAAGACGAGCAAGAGCCCAGAAAGCAAGCGUAGCCAUGACAGAGAUUCGAGCAGCCCAAAACCGCAUGGCAUUCGGCAAAGAAGAGAAGGAAAUUGGCUACGGCGACUCAGUCAAAGGCAUGGGCAUGGUCGGCGCAAAAGACACCGGACGCCUCCGCGCGCAACAAAUCGAUCCCAAGACACGUGCCAAACUCUCAAAGAAGCAAGGCGCUGGCUGGGGCGGCGACACCACUCUCGGCGCAGCAUCUUCACUCAAGGGCUUCGGUGCUGGCGGCACAGCUACAUCCCUUCGCGCACAGGGUCUGCGAACCGGUGGCGUUGGACUCGGAGGCACUGGAACGAGCUCGAUUGCCUUCACGCCUGUGCAGGGCUUGGAGCUCGUUGAUCCAAGGGCUAGGGAAGAGAUGAACCGCAAGAGGAAGGCGGACGAGGACAGGUGGUUCAAGGGCGGCUCGUUCACGCAGCUUGGUGGCUCGUCGAAGGUGGAUGCGGGCGGCUUCAAGGUUCCUGCGUUGCCUGCGAAGAGGCCCAGGACGGAGUCGUAGAUGGGGUCGUGGCUUUUGGAUGUAUUAGCAUUUUCAUGGCGCUUUGGCGAUACCAUUUCGUGGGUGUGUGCAUCGGUUGGCGUUGGUAGGAUCCUGCCUCGAAGGCACUCUAGUUAUAUAGCGAACAGCAAAAUUUCACCAUGCUCGCGGUACGCGAC